CCUGCUAUCAGUCCAAUUGAGAAGAUAUCAUUCUAGUGACAAUUCCGUCGAGCGGAAUUUUUUCUACUUUCGGUGUGUUUGGAGGACGACUGCGCCGUAGUGAUCACAGUAUCAAGAAUGAAGCCAGUCCAUGACCAGACAGUCGGCCCGGGCACAUUCAAAUUAACCUAGGGUUUGCUCUAGAUCUUCUCUUCCUAGUCCUCUCCUCUCAACAGAAAUGCCUAAACGUAUUGCGACCCCGCCCAGCGACAUUAAUACCCGCUACUUCACUAUCUCGUUCCCCUACCCGCUGAACGCCAAUUGGGAACUCAAGGCCGACCAGAUAACGUUUUCGCGCUGGAUCGCUUGCUGCAUCAAGAAAGAAUUUCUUAUAGCAAUCAUGUACAAACCAACAGCCCGUGGGAUGGUUAUCAUCGAGGUUGAUAGAGCUUUUCCAGACGACGAGCAUCGGACCUUGCUCGGCGAACACCGAUGGUCUGAAUUUCUGAAACGACCGAGUGAAGAGGAACGACGUUGCUGCUCGAAAGUUUUCUAUUCAGUUUACAACGAUCACCGCGGUGCUCAAAAGGAUGGUUGGAAAACAAUCAAUGUCCUGGAAAAAUGGUUCGAUCCGGCGCAGUGGUCCCCUAACAAUCCGAUCAUCAAAUCCCCCUAUCCCUCGACGCAUUGGUGUGCUUCGCCCGCGGAAGACAGAACGAACAAGAAAAUGUGUCGGCCUUUACCAGUGGCAAUGUUUCCUCCUCCUCCGAAGCCUGUUCGACCUGUCGUAGGCUCCAGUGAUUGGGUACAAAGCAACACCGCGCCUGAUCCCAAAUCACCAGAAUAUCAGCGCGUGAUUUGGGGGAAUAACGACAUCAGCGCAGCGAUGAAGUUAAACAAAAGUUCCAAUGUGAUUAAACCAACUGUCCGCUUGAACACACCGUCAGCUGUCAAAAUUGCAUCGAAAGCCUGGGGAAGUCAGGGGAAAACCGUAGCAACACCACCUUCUACAACUCAUGGUCCAACUCCAGCUUCUGUACCAGUCAAACCACCUCAAGGCGCCUGGGGUUCUCGGAGGCCUGCUGUCACUACUCCUGUCUCUACGAAAGCUUGGGGAUUGCCAAAAUCAUUCGCCGUCUCCCCUUCUUCGACUUCUUCUGCUCCUUUGUCUGCUCCUCCUGCAAUCUCAACAGCUGUUCCUUCUGUGCCGCCUGGUCUCAUUCGUGAUUCAGCCUCUGGCUCCUCUUCUGGUUCUUCGAGCUUUGACUGGGCUUCCGAGGUCGAGGCCGAAUUACCUAUUCAUUUUAAUCCAAACCUUAACAACCUUGCCGGUAACACUGAUACACUUGAUAUUUCCAACACCAUGGCGAAGGUCCUUGGAUUUGAUGAAGAUGAAGAUAUUGACCCAGAGGAUCAAAUAGCUUCCACUUUUGUCGACGUGGACGUACCGCCCGGCCUUGGCUUGCCUACGCCUGCUGUCCAGUACGACACUACGCAAGAAACUGUUAAGCAGAACUUGUGGGAGGACGUUUCUCCGGUAGAGGAGUCAAAAGAAGAUGAAUGUCCUGUGCAUGGUGUCCUCUGCUCAAAGGGAAUUUGUCAAGUAGCGAAGAAGAAGAAGAGACAACAGGCAAACGAGCAGAAAAACAAGGAUGGUAGGACUGGGAGUAGUCGGAAUCGUGGCCGUGGUCGUGGGUGGAGGCGUAACGGUGGCGAGAGAAACUCUCGUAGUAACGAGGGAGAUCAUGAUGAUAACAACAAUAACGAUAACGGGGAGGCCAGCAACAACAACCGCGACGAGGAUGGUAACAUUCGCAAUCCUAAUAGUUCUUCGAACUCGAGCGCCUCUUGGAGUCGUUCUGUAUCUCGAGCGGACAGCGUGAAGGCCGAAUCUCAGGUUUUCGAUCAUAAUGACCUCAAGAAUCCUUUUGCAGACUUUUGAUCGAGUUCGUGCUUCCAAGGUCCAUGGCGUUCUUCCAUUCCUUUCAUUCCCAUAUUGGCUCAUUUGCCUGAUGUUUGCCUUCUUCUAUGUGUCGUCCACAUGCAAUUUUCACAACAGCUACUGUGCACAUACAAUUUUAGCGGACAUGCGCACAUUCAGUGUAUAAAUUGCCCACAUUGCUUUCGUUGUCUAUGUUGUAUGUAACACUACCGUGUAAUUAAAUCAAUAUCACCCGUAUUACAGUAAC